CGCCUACCUUGUGCGCCUCGGUGCUGUGAGUCGCCGCUACUUUGAGCAGAGCACAGGUCUCUUCCCUGAGUUCCGCAUCCUGGAUGAUUAAAUUACUCAAAUUACUUUCAUGAAUGUAAUCAACGGAUCUUGGGCACGGCAGAAUAGCUGAAAUUUUUUAAAUCCUUCGGGAAGGAACAAGUCGAGAGAUCGGAUAUCGAUUGCGAGAAUCGAUAUACUUACUCAUAUCAUUUGAUACUAUUUGAUACUUUGAUAACCGGCCACAACUAUGGAUAGAUGGGAUAGAAAACAUACAAAUGAAGACGCUAUAAGGGAACAAAGUGCCAUAGUUUGUAUGUCACUUCGAAGAAUAACGUUCCAAUUGAUUUUGUUGUUGUUCUACGUAUUGCUAAUUACACCGAUCUUUAUUUCUCUUUUCUUAUAUGGCUUUUUACCUGUUGCUCAUUAUACUGAUGCGAUCGCCUCGGAAUUGGAUAUCCCGGAUAGCAUCGGUAACAUGAAAAUAAAGAAUCAUACGCUAUACACACCGUUGACAACGAAAGUAAUAAUUAUGGUGAUCGAUGGGCUAAGGUGGGACUUUGUUGCGGAUUCAUUCGGAAAAGAAACCAUGCCGUUGACGAAUGAUAUCCUGACCAAUAACGGAUGUUUGCUACAGGCUAAUUUACAGGCACCAACAGUGACGAUGCCUAGAAUAAAAGCUAUGAUGACUGGUACAGUGCCAAACUUUAUAGAUAUAGUACUGAAUUUUGGGAGUAAACCUCUGCAGAAUGACAAUUUAUUGCUUCAAGCAAAGAAACACGGGCACAAAUUAAUAUUUUAUGGGGACGAGACUUGGCUCUCUCUAUUUCCUCAUAUAUUUAAUCGUCACGAUGGCACUACUUCGUUUGUUGUUACAGAUUUUACAGAGGUAGAUAAUAAUGUGACUCGACAUAUAAAAGAUGAGAUGUAUCGUGACGAUUGGACUGUAAUGAUUCUUCAUUAUCUUGGACUAGAUCACAUUGGUCACAUGGAAGGUCCAGCUAGCAUUUUAAUUAAACCUAAAUUACGAGAAAUGGAUAGGAUUAUCGAUGAAAUAGCCCAAAAUGUGGACAAUUGGAAAAGAAAUGGAGUACCCACACUUUUCGUCGUUUGCGGCGAUCAUGGAAUGAAGAACUCUGGCGGUCACGGUGGCUCAACGCUGGAAGAAACAACAGUGCCGUUUAUUGUAAUAGGAGGAACUCAUUGUGCAUAUCAGAAAAACUAUGAACCAAUAAAGAUCGAGCAACUCGAUGUUGCAGUGACAUUAUCGGCCGCCCUUGGACUACCCAUUCCUUCUACAAAUCUUGGCUCCGUGUUCCUGGACAACAUUUACAUUCUUGACCACCAUAAUUGGCUUUUCCUUCUCUAUUACAACACGAAGCAGGUGUUUGAUCAUUUCCGGCGACUCGUACACAACGAAUCGGAAAUUGAGAAUGUACUCCAGAAGUAUGUGAACGCCGUGGAUCUGCAUGUUGCUUGGAUGAAUUCAAACAAGACAGAUAUUGAAGAUAUCAUCUUCUCUUAUAAACAGAUUCUUAAUGAGAUGAAAGGUACUAUAAUUAACAGCAUAGUCAAGUAUGACUUUCGUUUGAUGACUGUUGCCGUGUUUGCCCUGUGUCAAAUAAUUAUCAUCUUGUUUUUUAUGAGAUUCCCAGUUUGGACUAUACAUAAAAAAACUGCAUCUUUUUUUCUGUGCUCAGGAAUUAUAUAUUAUUUUCAUAGUUUUGAGAACGCAACUUCUUUCUAUCCGACGAGUAUACUGUUGUUCUUACUAGUCAUCGGUGUUAUAUAUAAUAACUGUGAACUUUAUAUAAAUAGCAGGUAUUGUUUGUGUCAGAUGUAUACGACGGGACCAAUCAGACGUAUAGUAUUAUUACAAAUUGGCACGUUAUUACAUAUAGUGAGCCUCGCCAGUAGUAGUUUCAUCGAGGAAGAACAUCAGACAUGGUUUUUUUUAUGGGCUACUGCAAUUGUAAUCAUUUUGUAUCAUCUUUUUAUAGAAGAUCUUGUAUUUCUAGUAAAUAACCGUAAGGAUCUACUUUUCUGUACGGUGCCACUGCUUUUUUUCGGACACAUAUUUCUGCGAAGGCUAAACAGUACAGACAACAGGCGGACCGAUCAGCUCGACAUAUUUGAGUGGUUGAAUAAAGAUAAAAUCUGGAUGACAAUUGUACUUUUAAUUGCACUCAUUUUGUUAAUUUUGGUUACUUUGGAAGAAGAUAAAUAUAAGAAACAAUCGUUCUUUCUGAAUAUACCUAUUGUGAUAUGUAUAUAUCUGCGCCACAUGUGUAACGGUACCGUCAUAAAAAUUCCAUUUUAUUCCUCAAGUGGAAUAUAUGAAGUACAAAUAUUUUGGGGAAUAAUAAUGCUGUCUCUGAUAAACUAUGGAUACCGAGUGAUAGUAAGACUUAAGUAUAGUAGACAGUAUUUCAUACGUACGAUGUUCUUACUUAUUAUAAAUACAUGGGUGAUGAUCUCAGCGAUGUUGCACAAACCGCACAACGUGAUACUGUUACCGGUACAGCUCAUGACAGGCUGCUUAAUUGACUGGAUAUUGAGAGAAAUAUCCUGUUCGCUUGAUCUUCAUGUUUACGUAUAUUAUUGGCUGGGCAAUGUAUUUUAUUUCUAUCAGGGAAAUUCCAAUAGCCUAGCGAAUAUAAAUAUCGCGGCAGGAUAUGUCGGUCUACGAUCCUACAUGCCUUUUGUUACUGGUAUGUAUUUAAUCAUCAAUACUUAUUCCGCGCCUGUUCUGGCUUACUUCCAGUUCAUUUACUAUAUACAGUUAAAGCUACCGUUUUGCUGCGGCAUAUUGAAUAUCGUACGUGCAAAUAAGAUUUACCUCUCAUGGAGGCUGUUGACGACAACUGCUUAUAUGAUCAUUGUCAUCAUCCUUCGUGACCAUUUGUUUGUGUGGUCGGUGUUCUCACCAAAAUUGUUGUAUGAGGCAACAUAUUCCGUGAUAAUGUGUUGCAACAUACUAUUAACGUCGAUUGUGAUUAUGGUGCAAUUUAUACCAUUCAAAAGUAUAUAGCCUAAAAUUGUGACAAAAGACGUCUUUCAUCUUUUAGACGCAAAAAAUAUCUUAUGGCCUGAUUUCAGACACUUUGUUUUGGGACGAUUCUUGAUUAGACAUUGUACAAUGAUUAUAACUAUGCGAUGUCGUAGAAACCGAUGCAAAAAACGAACAUGCGUUUGUGUGUACAA